UCCAAGGCAGGGAAAAGAAUGGACUCGGAGAAAAGUUGUGUGGUCUGUUGUCAAGACAUGGACCUUUACGCGGUGGGAAAAUGUGAUCACCCGGUCUGUUACCGAUGUUCGACAAAAAUGAGGGUUCUGUGCGAGCAGAAGUACUGCGCUGUUUGCAGGGAAGAAUUGGAUAAGGUGGUGUUUGUGAAUAAACUGGCUCCAUUUACAAGCCUCCCUUUUCAGCAGAUGCAGUAUGAGAAGAAAUACGACAUUUACUUUGAAGAUGGAAAAUUGUUUUCACAGUUCAGGAAGUUGCUGCAACAUGAAUGCACCCUGUGCCCCUCCAUGCGACCGUUUCAUGCAUUUGCUGACCUGGAGCAGCACAUGCGGAAACACCAUGAACUGUUCUGCUGUAAACUCUGUGUCAGACACCUAAAGAACUUUACAUAUGAACGAACGUGGUAUUCACGCAGGGACCUGGCACGGCAUCGCAUACAUGGUGAUCCUGAAGAUACAUCCCACCGUGGACACCCGCUGUGCAAGUUCUGCGAUGAGCGCUACCUUGACAAUGAUGAGCUGCUCAAACACCUGCGGAGGGACCAUUAUUUUUGUCAUUUUUGUGACUCUGAAGGUGCCCAGGAAUAUUACAGUGAUUACACCUUCCUUAAAGAGCAUUUCCGUGAGAGUCACUUUCUGUGUGAAGAGGGUCGGUGCAACACGGAGCAGUUUACUCACGCUUUCCCUACGGAAAUAGACUACAAAGCCCACAAGACUGCUUGUCAUAGCAAGAACCGGGCUGAAGCCAGGCAAAACAGGCAAAUUGAUAUCCAGUUUAGCUAUGCGCCCCGGCACAACCGCAGAGCUGAAGGUUCUUCAGGGGUUGUAGGAGGUGAGGACUAUGAAGAGGUGGACAGAUAUAACAGACAGGCCAGAUCUGCAAGAGGGGCGGCUCGUGGAGCUCAGCAGCAGAACAAACGUGGAAGCUGGAGAUAUAAAAGGGAGGAGGAGGAUAGAGUGGUUGCAGCAGCUGUUCGAGCAUCCGUUGCUGCCAGGAGGCAAGAAGAGAUGGGGAGAAAACCUGCACCAGAAAUUCCCGAAACCACAAAGUCCCGGCAAGAGCACUCCCGAGAUCUUGAGGAAGGAAGUAAGGGAAAAGCAUCCUCUAAACCCACAACUGAUCUAGUAGGUGCAGAAAUGCUAAUGAAAUCUGUGUCGCUGGGCCCACAAGAGAAUGGAAAACCACAGAAUGCUACUAAUGGAGUUUUAAAUACAGAUGACUUUCCUGCCAUUGGCUCUGCACCAUUGUUAAGCUCAAGAAAACCUGCAGCUGCUAAGCCGAAGGAAGAGGACUUUCCAAGUCUUUCUUCCGUUAUCUCCUCAUCUUCCAGCUCUUCCAUGCCUGCGUUCUCCGCUGGGCUCUCUUACACUGCAUCGGCAAGGUCAUCCAAUAAAUUUCAAGAAGAGGACUUUCCAGCCCUGGUGUCAAAAAUUAAUACAAACAAACCACUAUCGUCUGUCGGAUCUGCAUGGGCCACUGCCUCUUCAAAAAGUGCGCCCAAGGCUGCAGGUUCCAGUAUUGCACCACCAAACAAGGCAGUGAAAAAAUAUCCUCCUCCCGGCAAUGGGAAAGCAGCAGGCAAAAAGAUCUCAAAACCUUCCUCCAUUUCAGACGAUGAGGAUGAUGGCAUUGGAAUGACCGCACAGGAAUUCCGGAGUGCCCCAACCAUGUUUGACAUCUCCAAACUUUUAUCAUCGCCCACAGCUCAGUCGUGUGGAAAGGUGAGCAAGAAGAAGAGAGUGGGAUCUGAAAAGCAACACCAGUCUUCUGCCACUCAACCUGUGUACGACAAACCUCCCAGCUCUAACUCUUCCCUCAAAGAAAAUGCCUCUGAGAUUGAGCGCACGCCAACUCCACCUGCUAACUCCAUCCUCAGCGACAAAUCCAACACUGUGGCAAAUGGGCUCCCCGAAAAGAAACUGCUUGAUAAGAGCAAUACGUUUAAGGAAACAACUGAGCUAAAAAAAGGUCCAGUUUCUGUGCCUCAGUGCCCUCUGCCUGAAGAAGAAUUUCCAGCUCUAAUGAAGAGCAGCAUGCUAAGGAUGCCACCCCCAGGUUUCAUUCCAGUUGUCACAGUCGCUCCACUAGCGCCCCCUCCAGGCCUCUCAUCGUCUGUUGGAAAGCCUCCACCAGGAUUUAAUAAUUUACCUCCAACUGCUCUUCCCAGUGAACCUCAGAACAAGACAGCUAAGCAGCCAUCUUUUUGCUCACGGACCUAUCUUGUACCCGAGAACUUUCAGCAGAGGAAUAUGCACCUCAUUAAUUCUAUAAAAGAUUUCCUCGACAGCGAUGAAUCGAAGUUCAACGAAUUUAAAUCGCUCUCUGGAAAGUUCAGACAGGGCCUCAUAUCGGCUGCUGAGUAUUACCAAAGCUGUCGGCAGUUACUCAGAGAGAACUUCAAGCUGAUUUUCAAUGAGCUGUUGGUUCUUCUGCCUGACACAACAAAACAGCAAGAGCUCCUCUCUGCGCAUAAAGAAUCCCAUGUGGAAGAAAAACCCAGCUCGAACAAGCCCAAGAAAAACAAAAAAACUGCAUGGUUAAUGGACUCAAAGUCUCUUGAUCUGGACUAUUCCGUUUGCCCCAGCUGUGGCCAAGUUCUGGCCCCCAGGGACCUUUCUAGCCAUAAAAAACUGCACCUAGAAGACAAUGAUUUCCCUUCACUUCAGGCAACCAGGAGGAUUAUCAGUUAGGAGCCUUGGGACCCAUCUUUUGGCUGUGCGCAUAUGAUGAGGAAGAUGAUCUGUCGUGAGGCUAUUCAUGUGUGCGGUUCUAUAAAAGAGGUUUAUUCCUGUUCUAAAACGCCAAAUAAACUGUUGCUCCUUGUUGAUAAAGUAUUGUGCCAAGCUAGAGUCUUUAAAACCUUGCCAUGCAAGUCUGUGUAUCCGAUCCUCUCACAGGGCACAUCAAGCAUCAAUGCAGAGAGGGAUUCACUUUAAAUAAAGUUUGUUUGGAUUGGUCCAAAGCCUCCAUUAUACAACCUUUAACACUGUAUCGCUCUGUGGCUUUCAACCUCAGCUCUACAGCUUCUGAAGUACUUUGGGCUGCUCCCCACAGAAAAAGUGAUCUUUAGGUUGUCACACUUGGCAGCUUCAGUUGGUUCUGAAUUACACCUCAUCAUCGAAACAGAAUGGAACCUGUAGUUGUGCACAUUUUGCAAAUGAUUGAGUCUGGCUCGCCUGCUGUAGACCACGAGGCAUAGAACUGUUCUGUAAUGGGUGCUGCCAAUCCAGGUUUAUUUCAGUUUUUAAAUACAACGGGUGGCAUGUAUUAGUUGAUUAGAACCUAGAUUUAUUUUAUGUAAUGCCAUUCGAGAUCAUUUAUGUAUUUUGCACUAGAAGCAGGGGAUAUAAGCACACCCAGAUUAGGAUUUAAUAUAGGCCCUGGCAUUUCAAGUACACCGAGGCCCAAACAGUUCUUUAUAGGGCCAAUAGUGACUGUCUAUGGCAUCUUAUAGCAGCCUCUCUGGCAUUUGCCAUAAUCGACAGAUUGCCAGACCUCGUCUGGGUAUUAGCCUCCUAACAAGAUUAAGGAUAGAGUGAGCCCUUGAAUGGAAACUCACAGCAUACACUAGGGCAAUGGCACAUGAUUUGAAUAGAGGUUUGCACUAAAAAUAAGCGGGACACAGUUUUUCUUCCCAUCCAAAUAGUUUGGCACCCAUUUAUAAGCGGUCAUUCAAAUGUUAUCAGGAAUUCAUUCGGGUUUCAUGUCUUUUUUUAUUAUUAUUAUUUUGUUUCCUAGCCAUUGAAUGAAGGGUUAAUUCCAUUUUAGUCUUCCUUUCAUGUCAAUGCUUUUCAACUGAUGUCAAACUGAUUUGAAGAUGGUACAUAUGGAGUUACUCUGCAUACGUGAUGCGCUCUUAUCUCCGGCCCCUUCCUGAUGAUCUUUGUUAACGUUAUAUCCCACCAUCCCUCCUAAACCAGUGUUUUGUACUUGUAAUCCAACAGAGAUUUAUUUCCAUUCAUCUUGGAGCAUAUUCUGAUAACCAUUGGGCACACUCAUCUAUUGGCCAUUCCUAUACCUCCAGUUCCCUCGCUCCAACAAAGCAUGAGUGAAUGUGAUGGAGUGGGAGAAGAUUAUAGCAUAUAAAUAUAGGCAAAUGAUUUCUAAUUAUACAUGUGGCUUAAUAUCUAUUUUUCUAUAUGGUUGAGAAGACAAUUGGUUAGUGUUACUGAACUAUAUUCCGUUCGGUUUGUGUAUUAUCACUAUUAUUAUAAUAUAUCGAACUGUUGCUCCAUCCCCCAGGACCCGAUUCGAAGGGGGAGCUGUGGUUACGGUAUUGGGCAUAUUCAACCUUUCUGGCUGAAUCAGAGAAUUGUUGACCAAUUUUGGUUGUCCAUGUUGACUAGAAUUGUGUUAUUUUUGACAGGUAAUACCCCAAUGUGUGCUGUGCCACCUGUGCUGGGACAGAGCUCUUGGUAUGGGUGGCCAUGUUGGUCAUGCACAUGAUGAGUGCAUUCUGCAGCUUCUAUUCAUGGGUGUGAUGCAUUGCAUAAUGAGUAUCUGCUCCAACAUGGCCAUCCGUAGGGGCACUUUCUGCCAAAAAAAUGUUUCCCCCCCCCAACUAGAGAGCCCGCACCUCCAGUGGGUAAAGCCAUUGAGCUGUGAAAGAUACACUUUAAGGUCACGUAGCAGUGUAUUGCAUGUGUUAUUUGGUCUUGCUCAUUUCUUCUGGCCUGUACCUGAGAGAUUGCAAACAACCCUGAACAAGGAACAAAUGGGUCUUUCUAUAACAUUUAUUAUGUGGCCAUUGAUAAUCUUCUCAACUGUAUUGCCGGUUGCAGGCACCAUGGCAAGUUGCCUAAAAAGAAUAGUUUUAUUAAAGGAUUGUUAUACACCUUUAAGAGAGAAUAAUUGACUGUAUUUACCCAGAGACCCAUUUGAACCCUUUCCGUUACUAAAGGAUCCAAGACCGGUUCAGGGUGUGCAUGGAAAGAAAUACAUAUUUAUUUUAAUGCACAGCUGUAUUCACAGCCGAUGCCCCGCCGAGUAAAAUACAGAACAUUGGUUACUUUAUAUUUUGUUGAUAUUAUAACAGUUUUGUUGUUGUCCAUAUUGAGACGGAAUAGAUCACUUAAAAAGGCUUAAUAAACACUGUUUGGCUAUUGUGUA